UCUCCUUUAAUCUGGAUUUGCUGAUUUUGAGUGUUGAAACUCAUUGUUAAAGUCUUCCAAUUCACCUUAACAUCUCCUAGGUAGGCCAACCAAGUUACCCCAAAAAUUAAAUCAACCUCUCCUAAGCCAAAGAGGAAAAAGGUCUCUUUAACCACGUAGUUUUCCAGUUGUACCUCUAUCUGCCUGCAAUACCCACUCGUUUGUUUCUUCUGCCCAUCACCUAAUCGCACACAGUAGGAUGAAGUUAUUUCCACUUGCAAACCAGGAAGACUUACCAGAUCCUGUGAGACCAAAUUGUGACUUGCUCCGCUAUCAAUCAAUAUUAGCACAGAUCUUCCCUUCAUUGUUUCUUGCAGCUUCAUAGUAUGAGAUUGAGUCAAACCUCGAACUGAAAAAAAGAGAAAGUUCCAUACAUUGAUGUUCAAAAUUAAUGAUUUCGUUUAUAGCACUUUUCCGUCUCAUUUCUCCUUACUCCUCUACUUCUCCAUUCCCUUCUUCUUCUGCCAAUAUGAUGACCGACAAAUUCUUCUCUGGACAACGAUGCCCUAGAUUGUAUGCUCCUCCGCAAUGAAAACACUUUCCUUCUUCUCGUCUUUUGACAUAUUUAGGGUACGGAAGACUUCUUGAUCCUCUAUUCCUCAUUCCCCCGGCUGAGUUUCCUCUUACGUUUGAGUGACUCGUCGUUCGUCCCAUUCCCCCCUUUUGUAGUGUUGCUGCGACUACUAGAAGCCAUUUGCAAGAUUCCCUUUCCUUUAAUAAAAGGCUCCAUUCGUGACACUAUUCUCGAACCUCCUUUGUACCAGAAACUAGAAUUAGUAUUUCGAUAAGACAUCUCUCCGCUUGUUCUUACUUUUGUCAUUGCAUCCUCUACAUUGUGCGCAAUCUCCAUGGCUUGAACUAAACCUUGUGGAUCAUGUGGCUUGAUUUGGUUACGUAUUUAUGUUAGUAAUCCCGCAAAAAAAUAUGCCAACAGUUGUUCUUCUGAAACCUAAGGAAUUUGAGACGCUAACAAUUCAAAUUUCUAGAUAUAAUCUUCCAUCGUAUCAAUUUGUCUUAUUGCCGCCAAUUGUUCGAACACUGUGUUGUGGUCACUGCCACCAAAUCUCCUACUCAACGCUGUUGUCAGCUCCUCCCAAGAGGGGUUCUUGGUUUUUUGUCUCGAAAACCUGAACCAAUGACUUGCGUUCCCUUCCAUAUUGAUGAAAGCUAGACAUAACUUUUCUUUUAGGGUAACAUUCUACAUGAUACAAACCCAAAUGCAAUUGGGGAUCCUUUAAUCAGAGAAGAGAAUGGAAAGAACAGGUGGGGCAGGAUAUAUGAGAGGAAAAGACCUAGGAAGAAUCACAUGGCACAGUAGGAGGAAUAAGUUGGUUAGAAGAGAGAGAAGAAAGAGAGAUAGUGGGAGUUAAAAAGAAUCAAGAGGUAGCAAUCGGGGAGGGAGGAUCAUUUUUGGAGGGGAACUGUGUGGUUGCUUCUUAGGAGCUUGGCUUUGGGCAGUUGGAUAUUUCUAUCCUUCAGUAUUUCGUAUUUUCAAUCAAACAACAUUACUGAUUUCAUUGCUUAAUUUCUGAUUUCUUUAUUUCUCCAAUCUCAAUACAAACCUCAAAGAACUUCUCCACUCUUGAUAUCCACCCUAAGGGAUCGCUCCCUUCAAACGUUGGUAGUUCCGCCCUUUUCAUCCACAGCCUCUGCACAUCUGCAUCUUCCUCAUCAGGUUUGUUGUUGUGAGCAUAUCUUUCUUCUUUUCUUCCCUCACCAUUAACUGCCUUCCAUGACUCACCCUCCACGUAUCCGGUAGGUCGGACCAGUUGAUAAGAACUCAGAAAUGAAAAGAGGAUAAAGAUUAAAAUUCUUCAUUGAAUAGACGGAAAAAGAACACAACAAUAGGAGAAACUCUCUCCUCCAAGGGUUUCCCCUUCACAAAGAGCUAACGCUCAAUCUACCAAAAACACUUCCUAUCCCUCCUCCUCUCCUCCUUUCCUAUUUAUUUAACUAACACUAACUAACACCUCAGGUAACUAAUUCUAACUAUCUUAGCUAAUUUCUCUUCUCCAUUUGUCCUAACAUUAACCCUAAACCUAGUUUUCACUAUAUUCAAUAUAUUCUAUAAAAUUUCAUAUUCCGUUACAAUUUUAAAUUGUUAUUUUACAGUUAUUAGGUGGUUAUAUUGGUUUGUAGCUAUUUUUUACAUUACUCUUUAUAUUUUGCUGUGUUAUGCUUGUGGGUGUCGUGGUACAUUUAUUUUUUAGACUCUCUUAAUGAGACUUUUUUUGUACAUUCACAAGUGUUGAAUAAAGCACAUCUUUCAUUAAUUUUCGUAUGUUUAUGUUUACUUCUCUCAAAAUCUAAUAUGAAUUGUAGGGAUAAAUUAUAUCCAUCAUAAAUUAGGAUUUUCACUUAUUAGAUCUAUGUAUUCUAUUUAAGAGCAAUUGGUUCUUUAUGAAUAAUAUAAGAAAUAGCUCUUACCCCUUCAUUUUUCAUCUCCAUCUUUGUAAGAGACCCCCUUUCCUUUGAUCUUUAACCAUGGUUGUUGUUCUUUCGCAUAGUAAGUUUUUGCAACAUAUUUUUCCUUAAAAUAGGUUUGCUCUAUUGCAAUCCGUAUGGCUUUUGCUAAAUUGAAAAACAUACAUGUGUCACUGAUUUUUUGAACCACUAAGUUCCAAAACCAAGCUAUGAUCAUGGAAUUUCAUCCCAUGACCUAUAUGUAGGAUCAUAUUUAGUAGAAACACCAUAGGUUAAAUGGUUAGCCUAGCCUUUCCCUUCCCCUCCAAGAUGGUCUCGAUGAGUUGAGACUAUUUUAGACGAUUUUUUUUUUCCAUUCAGCUGAUAUGUUGAACUAACACUUUAUAAUCUUCCUACAUUGUGAAGCUUGUCACCAUUUUACAUUUCAGCCAUUACAAUUAUGUGUAAUUAACACAUAGAGAAAUAGAUCGAUCUGAGACAAGUGCAAUUAAUGUAUUCAAAUGAACUUGUAUGGUUUCUUAACAAGUGCAGUUUGUGUUGCUUUAUAGUUGCCGUCCGUAAGCAAUGUACAAACAGAGCCUAUCAUCUUUCAAGUUGAUAGGCUAAAUUUGGCUCUCGAAGAGAAUUCUGAUUUUCAGCCAUCUGAAAAUCCAACAAGUAACACCACAUCAAGUUCGUCCUCGAAGGGUAGCGGCUAUGGUUUUUCUGAUAAGAUGGAAUGACUAUACAGAUUCGUACGGUUAAUCUAUUAAUUGAAACUCGUGGAAGUGCUUGUUGCCAAGGGGAACCAACUCGGGCACCACCUGUGGCAUCUAUUACCAUGCACAACUUUGUACUGUAUACGACAAAUGAAAGCUGGGAGGUUGUAAAUCUUAAAGAGGCACGGGAAUUCUCCAGUAAUAAGAAGUAUAUAUACGUCUUCAAAAAACUAGAAUGGGAAUCUAUGUCUUUUGAUCUUUUGCCUCAUCCUGACAUGUUCACGGAUCCUACUUUAGGCCGCUCUCAAGAGGGAUCAAACCCGAGAGAUGAGGAUGGUGAAAAGCGAGUAUUAUUUGGAGCAGAGCGUCUUAUAGAAGGAAUAUCGGGAGAAGCAUUUAUCACGGUUCAGAGAACUGAAUUGAACAGUCCAUUUGCACUUGAGGUUCAGUUCCAUGUUACUGAAGCUGUUUGUCCAGCAUUAAGUGAACCAGGACUGCGUGCAUUUCUUCGCUUUAAAACUGGAUUACAUGUCUGUCUAAGCAGGGGAAAUGUAGAUUUGAAGGCUAAGAAGCGGUCAACUGAAGCUGCUAGGAAUUCCAUUGUGUCAAUUGUUGUGGACCAUAUAUUUCUUUGCAUUAAAGACUCUGACUUCCAACUUGAGCUUUUAAUGCAGUCCCUCCAUUAUUCUCGGGCCAGUCAAUCUGAAGGAGAUAGUCAUAGUAGCUUGACCAGAAUUAUAGUUGGAGGAGUAUUUUUAAGGGACACCAUUUCAUUUCCUCCAUGUACCUUAGUGCAACCAUCAACGCAAUCGGUCAUAGGGGAUGCUUUCCAAGUACCAACAUUUGCAAGAAGCUUUUGCCCUUCAAUAUACCCACUAGGAGAACAGCAAUGGCAAUCAAUUGUGGGAACUCCUCUAAUAUGCCUCCAUUCUGUUCAGAUCGUGCCUGCUCUUCCACCAUCUUUUGCUUGUCAAACUGUUAUUGAUUGUCAACCUCUAAUGAUUCACCUCCAGGAAGAAACCUGCCUCAAGAUAUCAUCAUUCUUAGCUGAUAGUAUUGUUGUGAAUCAUGGUGACAUUUUACCAGAUUUCUCAGUAAAAUCUUUUAAUUUCACUCUCAAGGGUCUGGAUCUUACAGUUCCUUUGGAUAAGAUCUGUCUGGAUAUUUCUAAAACCAAUAUAAACAAUACAGUCAAUACCUCUUUUGCUGGAGCAAGGCUUCGGAUUGAAAAUCUUUUCUUUUUAGAUUCACCCUCAUUGAUACUGAAAAUAUUGAACCUCGAGAAGGAUCCUGCUUGCUUCUGUCUUUGGGAGGGUCAACCAAUUGAUGCCAGUCAGAAGAAGUGGACUGCUGGAGCUUUCCAGGUUACUUUAUCUCUUGAAGUAUGUACAGACAAGCCUCCACAUCAGAGCUCUCUCGGAUGGACAUCUGGAUUGUGGAGAUGUGUUGACCUGAAAGAUGCUCGUAUAGAAGUAGCUAUGGUAACUGCUGAUGGUAAUCCAUUGUUAAAGGUUCCUCCUCCAGGGGGUAUCGUGAGGCUUGGUAUAGCUUGUGAACAGUAUCUAUCCAACACUUCACUUGAACAAUUAUAUUUUGUCCUCAGUGUCUAUGAUUAUUUUAGGAGUGUUAGUGAGAAAAUAGCCAUAGCUGGAAAAAAGGGACAAUUGAAGGAUGUCAGGAACAAAUAUUUAAGUGGAAAUCUGAUGGAGAAGAUUCCCAGUGACACUUCUGUAAGUUUGACAAUAAAAAAUCUCCAACUUCAGUUUCUUGAGUCAUCUUCUGUGAAUUCUAAGGGAAUGCCUCUAGUACAGUUUGUUGGAGAUGAUUUUUUUGUUAGUGCUACUCAUAGAACCCUUGGUGGUGCUAUUGCUGUUUCAUCCACAUUAAAUUGGGAGAGAGUUCAGAUAGAUUGCCUGGAUUCUGAAGAGCAUUUCACAUGUGAAAAUGACUCACCUUGUAGUACUAGCGAAAAUCUUCCGUCAAUAAGUGAUCAUGAACACCUUAAACUGAGACCUGUUUUCUGGGUGCAUAACAAAAAACGGCUACUUAAUGGAAAUGCUCAUUCAUACCCCUUUCUGGACAUACAUAUGGAGCAAGUCAUACCAUUUUGUGUAGUAGACACGGAAGUACAUACUUUAAAUCUCUCAGCUUCUAUAUCUGGUGUUCGUCUUGGUGGGGGAAUGAAUUACUCUGAGGCCCUCCUGCAUCGAUUUGGAGUACUAGGGCCUGAUGGUGGUCCAGGGAAUGGUUUGUCUAAAGGGUGGGAAAACUUACAAACUGGACCAUUGGCAAAACUUUUUAAGACAACAUCUCCGAUUGAUGAUAAUUUAGAAAAUGUUGAAACUACGACAGAAGGGAAAGGUACCAGUUUUUCACACUUGAAGAAGCCAGAUACCGUGGAUAUAACUAUACAGUUGAGAGACUGGUUAUUUGCUCUUGAAGGUGAGCAUGACAUGGCUGAAAGAUGGUGGUUCUCAACCUAUGAUGCAAACAGAGAAGAGAGGUGUUGGCACACAACAUUCCAUAUCUUGCGGGUAAAUGCAAAAAGUUGCCCAAAGCGUGCUCUGGAAAGAAAAACACAAUCACACAGAAUACAACUAUAUCCUGUGGACGUGGUUACGGUUGGAGUUCAAGGGUUGAAAAUCAUGAAGCCUCAAGCCCAAAAGGACAUUCCUUCAUCAGUUAUAACCGAAAAUGGAGUAAAACAAUUCACUGAAGAAGUUGAGGGAAUUGAUCUUGAAGUUGGCAUGAUAUUACGUGAGGAUAAUGAAGAUGAUGAAAUUUUUAAUUGGGAAAUGGAGAAUCUAAAGUUUUAUAUAAGACAAACGAAUGAAGCAAUUGUAACCAAGGAAGACGUCCAAAACCUCACUUUUCUAUGCAAAUCCGAAAUUGAUUCUGUGGGCCGAAUAAUAUCUGGAGUUUUACGGAUAUUUAAGCUUGAAAGUUCUGUCGGCCAGUAUGUAAUUGACAGGCUUGGCAACCUAGGAAGUAAAGACAUUGUCAAGAAUUUUUGUCCUGAGAAGCCUAGCAUAGAUGGUAGUGUUUCUAGCCAACAAAACCUAACAAAAGAAAGUCCAAGAAAAACUAUGGAACAAACAUUAACUUCGCUUGAGGAAGCAGUUGCUGGUUCACAGACUAAGAUUAGUGAUUUGAUAUCUGACAUUGGUACUUCUGAAUCUUCCUUUCAGCACCUUACUGUUAUCAAAGAACUCGGUCAAAAGAUUGAGUCGAUGCAGGGUUUAGUGGUGCAAUUGAAGAACCAACUUUAACACCUGUCAUGUGUAGUUAAAUUUUAAUAAUUUUCGUAGGUCAGCAUUCUUUUGUAUAUAGCAUAGAAGUCCAUAGGUUGAGUAUGUACAAGAUUUGCCAAAGGCUCUGCAUUUAUGCAUAAUUAAAUCAUCGAAUGGAAGAAAAUAAUGCAAUUUUGUUCUACUGAA